GCGCAGCACGUUCCAUUGCAGUUCUAGGCGUGGGUCCGAUCGGGAAGAAGCCAACCAGGCAGCAUCAUCAUCGAAGCGACGCGCUCAGUCCGCAACGUAUCGCUGCAGUCGCGCGCCGUGUCGUCGUGUCGCCGCUAAAAGUGUACCUACAGCCAUCGUCGAUCUCCGCGCGGCGGUACAUCAAGCCACGGAGAGUCUGAGAGAGAGUGCGUGAGAGACCGCCGGACUCACACACACACAACCACACACUCACACGUUUGUCAUCCGGGGGACGCGUCGUCGUCGUCGUCGGCGACUACCCGGGCGCCUCCAUCUUUGCCGACAAGCGCAUCCCCUCGCUCGCGCUCUUUCUCUCUCGAGUCUUCCUCUCCCGACAGGAAAGGAGGCGGUGGUCGCAAACAUGGAGAACAGACCGGCGCCGUUGCGCUCCAGGCGCAUCUGCAGGUUCUGCCUGACGGAGAACGAGCCGCUCAACUUCAUCUACGACCGGGAGCUCAGCCGGCCCUUCCAGGUGCCGCUCUCCCUGCAAAUCAUGUCCUGCGUCUCCAUCGAGGUGUACUCUGCGGAUGGAAUGCCACAAAUGAUUUGCUCAACUUGCCGUUUCAAUCUGGAUCGGUGUUACAAAUUCAAGCAGCAGUGCAAGAAGGCAGACGAAGCCCUGCGUGCCUAUCCUAUUUCAGGAGUUCUUCCAAGACCAAUGACUAUAAAUGUAAAUGAUCCAUCCGAACAAAGUAACAAGAGAAAUUUGGAUGCCAAACAGACCAACGAACAAGCAAAGAAACCUCGACUUGACAAUGGUGAUAGGGAACGUCAACCAGUUCACCAAGGUCAGCGACAAACUGAAACGCGCUCAGAGAAGCAGCAACGCGAGAAGGAGGAACAGCGCCGCGAAUUGUACGAAGAAGAAGAACAGGACCAGGGCACCGAUGGUGAGCAGGAGGCGAUUGAAGGAAAGGAAGACGCGAAGCUCGAACCAGGUGAAAUCCGCGUGCACGCGUGCAACCAGUGCGACCGCACCUUCCCUCUGCAACAGUCACUCCAGAUCCACAUACAACGGGCUCAUCGCGAUCGAAACUACAAGUGCACUGAAUGCGACCGCAUGUUCUUCUCCAAGUAUGACCUGAACAAGCAUAUGACCACUCACUCGGAGGAGAAGCCCUAUUCCUGCGACUUCUGCCCCAAGCAGUUUGCCCGAGGUAGUAUGCUGCAGCGUCACCUCAAGAUGCACCAGGAGGAGCUGAGAUACGGUUGUCCAAACUGCGACCGCGAAUUCUUGACACCCGAGGAACUCGAAAAGCACGAGGAGGCCGUGCAUAAGGCCGUGAAGCCCUAUCAAUGCAAUAUCUGCAACAAGCGCUUCAAUUACAAGCAAGGUCUUGAGAGACACGAGAUGCUGCACAACGAAGACAAAUCCUUCGUCUGUGACUACUGCAAGGAGGCCUUCCGCACGAGCACUAAACUCGCUCGACAUCUGACCACUCACGCGGGCCACCGUCCUUACAUGUGCAAGCUCUGUCCACGUACGUUCCUACUGUCGCAUCAUCUGACGCGCCACAUGCGCAGCCAUUCGGUCGAGAAGCGCCACCAGUGCGAGGAGUGCGGUAAGGCCUUCAAACGCAAGGAGAGUCUCGAAGUGCAUCAGUUGACGCACACCACCAAGCGAGUCGGCAUGGGGCUUACCUGUGACGUCUGCAAUGAAUCUUGCCGCAACAGGGCCGACUAUGUCACGCACAUCAAACAGCAUAUCGAAGCCGGCGAAAAGAUGGGUCCGGAUGGUCUGCCACCUGACAACAAGGAAGCUAAGCUCGCCGAGACCGAGAGCGAGGAGGAGGAGGAGGAAGAAGACCAGUACUCAGACGGCGAUGACGACUACGAGCCACCGUCUUCCUACCACUAUGCUGCUAAGAAGUUGCAGAAACCUUCGCCAUCCAAGACUUUGGCCGCUGCCAAGAUCGAAAGUGAGGAGGAACAGAUGGAUAAAGAAGAGGUUGUCUAUAUUAGAGGAAAAGACGGCGUUGUCAAAAAGACUAUCAAAACUCUCAUGCCGAUACAACGCAGAGGUGAACAGCAGUCUCCUCAGGAGACGAAAAAGGUCGUGGCUAGUCCUCAAGUCGCCAAUUCCAAGCAGAUCAAACACGAUGAGCCAGCCCCCGUGCAGAAAACUGGCAGACACGAUGAGACCGAAGCUCAAGUGCAGAAGAUCGUUGCCUCUGUAUUCAAAGAGCACAAAAUACCGCUUAAACAUCAAGCCGGUGAGCAGGUCAAAGAGACGACGCAGACUGUUACACGUCAGGCCUCUCAACCUCUCCCAAGCAUAAUUAAAGAGGAAAAGCUCGAUACACCCAUUGCCUCGGCUAGCCCGAAGAACGUCAAUACCGUAAAGGUAAUUAAGAGGAUUGUCGUCAGAAAGCCAGCAGGAAGCGCUAGCGAUGCUGUGUCAACGCCGGUUAAAGAACUUGUUCAAGAAGCUGUGGCUGCCUCUCAGGCACAGGCUUCAUCGACGACACCCUCGACAUCUGGCCCAAAAGUAACGAAGCGAGUAAUCGUUCGCAGGAUCAUUCGCCAGGGCGACACGACUCGCGAAGUUAUUAUGAAUCCAGAUGGCACGAUCAUUGAUCCGGCCGAGCUUGCGAAGCUGCCAACCGGUAACGUAGUUAAACGCGUGGUUGUGAAGAAACCGCUGGACAAGGGUCAAAAUAUAGAGGCAAUGUUGCAGUCCGCCGACGCCAAGAGCAUCAUAAGAAUGGCCGAAUGUGGUGAAGAUAUCUCUAAAGCUAGUAGCAUCGUUACGACUCCCAAACCAGUUACGACGGUGCACAGGGUAGAGCAUCACCCGCAGCAGAAACAGGUAACCCUACAGGAGGACCGUGCCACCAAGGAGAAGCUUGAACAGCUCGAAAAACGAGUCGAGCAACAACGACUGAAAAUCGAAGAACUGCAAGCGCGAAAGCAGCAAGAAUACGAGGCAGACGACAUGAUGCCGGAACGCCAUGAUGAGUCAGAGGAUGAACAGCAGCUUCCACUUAAAAGAGUCUUCGUCAAGAGAAAGCAGAGCAUAUACGACGAAGAACGCGAGUACGCUGAUGACACUGUCAUAAGCUCAAAGGACAAAGAUGAUACAACAGUGCAACAAUCUGGCAUGGUAAUUACUGCCGAGGGACUCAAAGAAGAAGAGCUAUCACAGGCCUCGACCACCUACGAGAUGGACCACUCCGAGGCCGCUGCAUCCAGCAGUCCCACGAGAGCGAUAGAGGACGCCAAAAUUAUUAUCAUCAAGCCGGAAGAUAAUGCGGCCGACGUUGACGAAAUGAGUCGCGAACUAUGCAGCAUUCUCGACUCGACAGAUAGCGUCGUAAAGAUGCAAGAAAACGUGCUCAGCAAUCUUACGCAGAUCACGUCUUCUGUAAACGAAAUGUCGGAGGCGGAAAAGAAUUACGACGAGGUGGCUGAAAUCGCUGCAAGCGUACAAGAAGAAGAAGCUGCACCGACCACAACGACGAUGACAGAAGAAGAACCCAUGGAACAGGAGGUUGUUGUCAGUAGCGAGGUCGAGGAACAUAAUCAGGAACAGGUUGAAGUCGGAGGCGAUCUCGAUCAAAAUCAUGCGGUGCAGAUAGUCAUAACUCAAUCUGAGGAAGAAGGUAUGAAUCUUGAGGUACAGAGCUCUUCUGAAAACAACCAAAUACAAGUCGCAGAGGACGGCACAACGACAAUCGAAAGUACAACAGAGGAUUGUCAAGAAGAAUUGCCCUCGCUUACAGAGUCGAAUGACAUGUUCGAGACGUCCGAAACGGUAAUGGAAGUAGACGGUAAAAGCAUCCAGGAGCAGCCAAAUCUCGACGAAUCGGUCAUUGAACUGUCUGCGAACAACGAAACGAUCAAUUUGAACGAAACCACCGAUAGCAGAGACAGUUUAGAGGACAAACUUUCACAAAUGGAAGGUUAGCGAGAAAAUGUUGACGAUCGAUAGAUAAUUUUGUAAAAUACUUAUUGAACUGUGAGCUCCAUGAUGUCGAAUAUUGACGAAAUUCUGGUGCGCGAGUCGUUCCAACCGCCGAGCAGCUACUUAGCGGUUUUUUAAGAACAGUUAUUUUGAUACGUUACAGUUGAAAAGUACAUUAGCGACGAUAAAAUAAUCAUCUCACCAAAGAUAAUUUGGUGUUAGUUUUUAAAAUCGUAAAGCAGCAAUUGAAAAUAAAUUGUAAAAAUGUAAUUUCGUCGAUGAACAUACUUUUCUCCUCGUGAGAACUCGCGACCGUCUUAAUAACUUGUUGAUCUUUACGUGGCAUUGUUUUUUUCUUAUUCCUCUGUGAAUUCUUUAAUUAAGUCUGCUUGCCAAAGGCUCUCGCAUCGCGAUCUGAAGUAUAUAUUAUAUACAUUUAAAUACUGUUAUAGGCAUACUGGUGGCUAUUGAUCAACUGGUUACUGUCAAUCAUUGCUAUAUCUGACUAUUUUGUCACUGAAUAUAGAAUUUUUUCCAUUUAUUCUAUAUCAAAUCUAUUUCAUACUAUUUUAUAUGAUUAAAGGAAGCUUACACGUAUUUGCGAUAGGUCGAGUUGAUGGAGAAUUUAGGACGAUUGUACCAGCAAAACUUUGUAAAUAUCUGACCAUUCCUUACAGAAUGAAUUUUAUAGUAACUUUUAUCGACUAUUGUAAUCGUAAGCACAUUUAAACUUAAUUUGCAAACAAAAUAAUAGGAGAGAAGCCAAACUUAUAUGACUACAGAUCAGAUUUAAAAAAAUAUUUAUGUACGCUUGAGGUGACAAUGUAAAAAAUAAGAAAACAUUCGGGAACAAGUACACGCAAUCGUUAAAUCGAGUUUCUUUUUGCGAUCUGCAGUAAAAUAGGUUUCUGAAAACACAUUAUACAUUUAUGCAACUAAGAUAUACUUAUCUCAAAUAUCACCAUUCUAACGAUGUCAGUGCAGCUGUAUGUUUCAAAAAGUAGAUUUUUUUUAUUUGCUACUUUAGUAAAAAGUAGAGGAAAGGUGCCGAUAUAAAAAAUGUAAUGUUCGUUUAUAUGAAGAGUCUUCUUGCGGAGUCGAAAGAUCGAAACAAGAUACUUCUUCAACUAAAGAAGUACUGGCAAAUUGUGUAGAUUUAUGUGGUGAUCGAAAAGAGUCCAUUUUUAUUUCAUAUUUACAAUUACUCUACGAGUUAUAAAAGCGAUUUGCUGUCGAAAAUCAAAACAUAAUUUUAUUUUGUUUAAUACAUAACAAAGUAAAAUUAAACAUGUACAUUGUAAUGCAGUCUCUUUUCGAUGACCAAUUUUCGUGUAACAUGGUGUAAGAAAAUAUUUUACAAAAACGGUGAACCAUCGCUAUUACGUUAACAAACUCUGUAUUAAAUACAAAGUGUGGUGUGUACGUACGGAAAA